GGCUGGAGCGGGGCGUCUCAGAGGUUGCGCGCCUUCCAGAGCCCAAGGACUUACAGCUUCCUCGCUGCCUUCCCGGGCCAACAACCCCCUCCCAAAAGUUGUGAUGCUUUUCUUUACCCAGUGCUUUGGGGCUGUGUUAGAUCUCAUUCACCUCCGGUUUCAGCACUACAAGGCUAAACGGGUUUUCUCCACUGCUGGGCAACUUGUCUGUGUUGUCAACCCCACACAUAACCUCAAGUAUGUGUCCAGUCGUCAUGCCAUCACCCAGAGCACUCCAGAGCAAGGCAGUUUCCACCCGCACCACCUCACCCACCACCACUGCCACCACUGCCACCGCCACCACCUCCGCCACCACGCCUGCCCCCACCACCUUCACCAUCAGGAGGCAGGGCUGCACGCUGCCCAGGUGACACCCUGCAUGUGCACGUGCCCCUUGUUCUCCUGCCAGUGGGAAGGCCACCUGGAGGUGGUGGUGCCCCACCUGCGGCAGAUCCACAGGGUUGACAUCCUCCAGGGAGCUGAGAUCGUCUUCCUGGCCACGGACAUGCACCUGCCCGCACCAGCCGAUUGGAUCAUCAUGCACUCCUGCCUCGGCCACCACUUCCUGUUGGUGCUGAGGAAACAGGAGAGGCACAAAGGACACCCCCAGUUCUUUGCCACCAUGAUGCUGAUUGGGACACCCACCCAGGCCGACUGCUUCACCUAUCGCCUGGAGCUCAACAGAAACCAUCGGCGUCUCAAAUGGGAAGCCACCCCCCGGUCUGUCCUUGAGUGCGUGGACUCGGUGAUUACCGAUGGGGACUGCCUCGUCCUCAACACCUCGCUGGCCCAGCUCUUCUCCGACAAUGGCAGUCUUGCCAUCGGGAUUGCCAUCACUGCAACAGAGGUCCGCUCCUCAGAAGCCGAGAUGUGAGUCCAGGAGCCACAGGCCACUCCCACGCAGCCACCCCUCAUCAGAGACUCUGCCUGCGCUCCUUGGACCGCCCAGUGCCAGGACUCCAGACUCCUUCUUAUCCUUUUCUUCCUUACUUUCUUUUUUUUUUGUUUUGGUCUCAGGUACUUUGUGGUAUUUAGUAUUUGUCGUCAUGGGCAUUAUAUUAUGUAAACAUCCUGUGAUUCAA